AUGUCUCUUCCGACGACCCCCCGGCGGCGGCGGGCGCGGUUCCGGACUCGGCCGUUUUAUAUUUCGACCGGCCUGAUCCUUGCUCUUGUUGCGUUUCACACGUUCGUGCCAGGAGUGAUUGGCCCCUCGAAGCUCGACAACAGCAUCAGUCUCUUGCGCCGUGAUGAUGGCAACACCACCGAGGACCUCGAGUGUCGCCUCGUGCACCAAGCUGCCGACCAGUGCGCAUUCGUGCUGGCAAACUGCGAAGAUGAAGCGGCUGGUUUGAUACCGUACAUUACGUUCUACUAUUGCUCCAUGCAGCACGUCCAGCCGUUGGCUUUCACCAUCCUUGUCAUCUGGCUUGGCCUCCUCUUCACGACCAUUGGCAUUGCUGCGAGCGACUUCUUCAGUGUCAACCUCAGCACAAUCUCCACUAUACUGGGCCUUAGCGAGAGUUUGGCGGGCGUGACGUUCCUAGCCUUUGGCAAUGGAUCGCCGGACGUCUUCAGCACGUUUGCUGCCAUGGGCUCUAACAGCGGAAGCAUGGCCGUGGGCGAGCUGAUUGGCGCGGCUGGCUUUAUCACAGGCGUGGUCGCCGGGUCGAUGGCGCUCGUGCGCGAGUUCAAGGUCAGCCGCCGCACGUUUGUGCGCGACAUUGCCUUUUUCAUCAUGUCUGUGGCGUUUUCCAUGGUCUUCCUCGCCGACGGCAAGCUCAUGCUGUGGGAGUGCUGUGUCAUGAUCGGCUUCUACUUGUUCUAUGUGUUGACCGUUGUGGGUUGGCACUGGGUAUCGACACGGCGCAAGCGGCAGCGGGCACGCGAGGCAGCUUCGCGUGGCCACUAUUACGGUGCCACAAUUGGCGCUGCUGGCCAUAGCGGUGCUGGCGACGAUGACCUAGCCCCUUAUCAUGAUGACGACAGCCAGAGCCGGCCCAAUGCCAUCGCAACCGCUCAAGACGGGCUCCCUAUCGACCCCCAUGAUGAACCAGAGCCAGACGACACGGCGCCUGUAGGCGGCCGCCGUGAGCGGCCGCCACCUGAUAUUUCCGCCUUGGAACGCGGCCCACGGAUUGAAGUCGACAGCGUCGACGACCCUGGAGAGGCAGACCUGGCCUUCAACAUGGAAGCUCAAGCUGACCAGAUCAGCGAAGAAGAGCAGGACAGGCGGAACCGCCAUAUUACGGCUGAAAUGACCAGCAGCAUGCGUGUCAGCCGGCCAGCUGGACGCCGGAGAACCACGACAACCACCCCCAUUCGGCCUAGCCUGCUCGGUGCCCUCGAGUUUCGGUCUGUCUUGGCGUCGCUUCAACGUUCGGGAACGAUGCACCUGGACCCCAUCGACCGGCGGCGAAUGACCAGCCAACACCGGCCAAGCCUCUCCCGGGGUCACUCCGUGUCUGUUCUCGACGGUACUAGUACCAUAGAUGGGCACAGUCGCGAAGACGAUAUGAGCCGUAGCUCUCUGCUCCCUCAAGAUGCAUACCGGCGAGGGUCCACUGGAGCUCGUGAUCGAGCUUGGUCGUCCGGCAACAGGCCCUUUAGCUGGACGGAUAGCAGCCACCAGCUCGGCCCCCCAUUACUCCGCUUCACAGAUGCGGGGGAUACAGUACAUGAGGAGGAUGCUGCUGCUGCCGCGGCUGCAUCUAGCAUGGGGCCAUCUCCAUUGGGCGGCAGUGAAGCGACAUCUGGCCUGGCAUCACCUGAAGUCGCUGCCAAUCUAUCCCCGUUACACGGAAUCACCAAUGCCGUUCUCCGCCCUCCCUCCCUCUCGGCAGUCAAGCCUGCCGCUAUCACAACGUGGCGAUCUUCCAGCCGACGAUGGGUCGAGCUUUCCAGGCCUCGAUGA